UUUAUAUUUAUUGAAGAUUCAUUCUUGUCACCUCCAUUUCUUGCAAUUCUUAUUCAUAAAAAAUAAAGAGACAUGGAGAGAGAGAGUCUAGAAGAGGAUGGGCUCUCCACAAGCUCUCUGCUUCUCAAAGAAGUCUCAACUCGUGGCAAUCACGGCGACCCUAUAUCUUCCAAUGAUUCUUCUGUGACGGUUCUUCUCGUUUUUAGCACACUGGUCGCUGUUUCCGGGUCUUUUGUAACAGGAUGCGCUGUGGGUUUUUCAUCGCCAGCUAUGUCAGGCAUAAAGGAAGAUCUGGGACUUUCUGCGGCGGCGUAUUCACUUUUUGGUUCGAUGCUGACAAUUGGAGGACUAGUAGCAGCUUUACUAAAUGGAACUAUAACAGAUGUGAUUGGUCGAAAGCGUACAAUGUGGCUUUCUCAAAUACUUUCCACAGCUGGAUGGCUUUCUAUAGUAUUUACCAAGAAUGCUUGGUGGCUGGAUGCCGGAAGAGCAUUGAUAGGAUUUGGCGUCGGGGUCACAGUCUAUGUGGUACCUGUAUACAUUGCAGAAAUAACACCUAAAAAUGUUCGGGGAGCAUUUGCUUCAUUCAAUCAGGUAAGAAUAAACUUGGACCAUUAUGUGUUUGCUUUAAGUUGCCAAUGCGUCACCUUUUGGUCUAUUUUUCCUGAGAUGCAGUUCAUGCAAGCCUGUGGCUUUUCAUUGACAUACUUUGUUGGAACUAUUGUUUCCUGGCGCACCUUGGCUCUGAUCGGUGGAAUUCCUGGUGUAAUACAAAUUUUCAGUUUAUACUUCAUACCGGAGUCUCCUAGAUGGUUGGUAAAAGUGGGUCGAAGACGUGAGUUUGAAGCUGCCUUACAGAGACUCAGAGGCAAAAGCGCUGAUAUUUCCCGGGAAGCAGCUGACAUCACAGUCUACACAGAAACCUUUGAAAGGCAAUCUCACUCAAGAUUUCUAGAUGUGUUUCAAAAAAGAUAUGCUCAUUCACUCACAAUAGGACUUGGACUGAUGCUGCUUCAACAGUUUGGCGGUGCUAGCGCUUUCUCGUACUAUGCAAGCUCCAUUUUUGAAUCAGCUGAUUUUUCAAGUAGCAUUGGCACCAGGAGCGUGGCUAUUGUCGUGAUGCCAGCAUUUGCAAUUACCGUAAUCUUGACUGAUAAAGCUGGACGACGACCGCUUUUAAUGGUUUCUUCUGCUGGAAUGUGCUUAAGCUGUUUAAUACUAGGGUUGUCAUUUUACAUGCAGGAUCUGCACAAUUGCAAGGAUGUCACUCCAAUUUUGGUUUUCCUAGCUAUAUUGGCAUAUUUUGUAUCUCUGUCAGUAGGCAUGGCAGGACUGCCAUGGAUUCUAAUGUCUGAGAUAUUCCCAGUAAACGUAAGAGGGAGAGCAGGAAGCAUGGUGUCGUUCGCCCAUUGGUCCUGUUCCUGGAUCAUGAGCUACACUUUCAACUUCAUGUUCGAAUGGAGCGCGACUGGAACUUGUUUCAUAUUCGCGGGUGUUUGUGGUUUAGCAAUCCUGUUUACUGUGAAGUUAGUGCCGGAGACCAAAGAGCAAGCCCUGGAAGAAGUGCAAGCAUCGCUUAAUCAUUUUUCUGCAGUGAGUUAAAGUAAUGUGAUAUUCAAUUAGUCUAAGGAUAUUGCAAUUGCGCCUAUUUGGAUGUCAAAAGACUUUUAUAGUUCUGUUAUUCAGGGGAAAAUACUGGGAAUUGUGCAUUCUCAAGUGAAAUUCGUGGUCAGGAACUGAGAUAUAAGAUGUCCUCAGUGCAUUGCUAGAAACAUAUAAGAUGUCCUCAGUGCAUUCUACAACAAAUGUUCUAAUUGAUUUACAUUCUUGGAA